AUGGCUUUUAAUCGCGCUCGAGUGCCUGACCCGGCAUCUCCCAUCCACCCUCUUGCGAUUAAGCCUCUCUUCGACAAGCUCCCAAAUCAUGACAAGCUCUACGCUCACUAUCUCUCGAAAGCAGCCUGGGCGGGUACCCGCAUCAUCUUCCGCCAAACAUCCGAGGAGUCUGAAGACAUCUUUGAUCUUAUCAUGAAGACCUAUCUUGCGUGCGAGGGCAAAUGGAGCUUGCUGGUAGAAGCAUGUGCGCUGACCGACGCUGAAAUCAAGGCUUUCUCGAGCUACGCAGGACUGUUUCUAUACUAUCUUAGAAACUUCUAUGGAGGCCAGAAGUUCGUGCCAGACCUUUGCAAAGAGUCGCUUAGUGAGAUCAUGCGAUACGCUGGCAUACCAGAACCAGCCGCUGGAAGCCUCAUUGAGAGCAUGACUGCAAGAACCCCGCAUGGCAUAGGGUACCCUAACGAUACCACUGCAUCGAGCUACUACCUGGGCGAUCGCAUCACCCGCGAGGAGAUCGAGGAAGUUCAGCAAUUUAUGCAGGACAAAGGCACCAAGUCUGAGAACACGAGGGCCUCCAGUGAGUCUCCCGGUCAGAAGCCUACUACGACAGGACGACAUCCUGGCUCGAAAGUUCGAAUAGUGAGAGGAGAUCAUCAGCGUGAGAUGUCUAAUAUCUGCAAGCAUCUCAAGAGCGCCAAAACGUACGCACAGAGUACCGAUCGGGAGCUGAUGCUUGAUUACUACAUACUCAGCUUUGAGCAAGGAAGCCUUACUGCGUAUCGACAAGGCCAGGAGUUCUGGGCCAAAGACGUCUCCCCAUCCAUCGAACACAUCCUCGGCUUCGUAGAAUCCUAUCGCGACCCUCAUGGCGCGCGAGCGGAAUGGGAAGGUGUAGUGUGUAUCGCCAAUCCGGAAGAGACGAAGAAGAUGGAAGCCCCCAAGGCCAGUGCUGGGAGAUUUUGCACAUCUCUACCCUGGGUGACAUCGGAGAAUGCGGGCAAGGGCUUAUUCGAGAAGGAUGUGGUUGUCAUACCGCAUUGCGCUAUUGUGCAUGCUCUAACAGUCUGCUGCCCGUAUGUUUGGGAAGCGUCGAAUCUCCCCAACUACAACGACAUUCGCGAAAACCACGGCUCAAAGAACAUUAUCAUCGUCAACCGAAUGAGCGCGAACCGUAACUCCCCCGGCGCAUCCAUCUACCUUCAGCCCUCAGACCGCGACCUCUACCGUCAGGACCUCCGCACCAUCCGCUUCGUAGCAACAGUCAUCCACGAACUCCUCGGUCACGGCACGGGAAAACUCCUAAGCGAAACAGGCCCCGAUAUCUUCAACUUCGAUGUCACAAACCCGCCAAUUGACCCCCUGAUGGGCCAAGAGGUGGCUUCCUGGGCUAUACUCAUGUCAGCGUACCUCAUAGACAACAAAGACAUUCUCGGAAUCUUCGUGUACGAUGGAAAGAGUACAUUGACGGCCGAUGACUUGUUCUACCUUUCGUACCUGCACCUCGGUGUAGAAGGCCUACGCUCUCUAGAACACUACAACCCAGAUACAAAGAAACUGACCCAAGCGCAUAGCCAAGGCUACUUCGCUAUCUUCAAACACCUCCUCACGGAAGGAAACGGCGUUCUCACGGUCCACCACGACGCAAACACAUCCGGCCUACACGUCACCGUAGACCGUACCAAGAUCAUAUCUGAUGGAAAACCUGCGCUGGGCCGCAUGAUGUUUUAUUUUGCAUAUCUGGCGGUGCACAGCGAAUGCCGAGGUAUAUAG